AUGGAAGGUAUUGAAACCCCACAAAUCGUUGUUGUCGGCGGUAAGAAAACAAACGACUAUUUCAUAUCUAGUCAUUUCUAUUCAGGUGGACCAGUUGGUCUAUUCACUGGUAUCCAAAUCAAAAUUCUUAUUCCAGACAUUAAACUUGCUAUCUAUGAAAAACAUACCGAAUAUCAGCGUAAACAUGUACUUCGCUUAAACAAAUUGACGACAUUUUUCGGUUUUCCACCUCAUCCGUUAUUAACGGAUAUGAUCAACAAUCUACCCUCCGUGGUUCGAACUUCGGUUCUAGAAGGUCAACUCCUAGAUAUAGCCAAACAACUAAAAAUACCUAUUCACUAUCGGCAUAUCACUAACCUUAGUGAAUUUUCCAACGCACAAGUGAUUAUCGGCGCUGAUGGUUCUCAUUCAUUAGUACGUGAAAUUGUUUUCGAAAAUAAAAUGAAGUACGAAAAUGUUCUGAAAUAUGUUCUCGAAGUUAAAUACGAAGUUUAUGGUCAAGGCGAAAAGCUUGAUUAUGUUAAAUAUCAAUAUCGGACACAAAAACAAAUGAAAUAUAUCAUUGAAGAACAUAUUGGUACAGAAAAAGAUAAUCGCACACCGAUUACCAUUCACUUAUUAAUUGAUCAACAAACGUACGAACAAAUGAAGCAAGCAACGUUUAAAAAUCCCUUUUAUCUACGUACACACAAACAUCUGAUGCCAAAUGAUUUACUUGACACAAUUAUGCUUUGGUUAAAUGUGAAAAAGGAGUAUGCUAAUGAGAAACGCGUGGAAAACUCAGAGAGAAUCACGACAAUCGCUCUAGCUUGUUACGCAUCCGCGAAUGUCGUUCACUACGAUGAAGAUAAAGCACAACACAUAUGUCUAGUUGGUGAUGCAGCGUUUGGCGUUCCAUUCUUUCGUUCUUUAAAUAACGGCAUCAUCUGUAGUAGAAAACUCGCCUCUUGUAUUGAAUUAUUCUUUAAGUCGAAUUCUGCACAGACAAACGGAGGAAGUUUGUUAAACAACAUGACAUAUGAAUGGACAAAAUUCGUCAAUCGAACUCAUUCUCUAAUACAUUUGAAUCAGCCAUUACAAGCAUAUAGUCAAUUCGUUCAAACUCUCGCAGGAAAAGAGAUCAUCGUCGCACAAAAUAAAGCGCAUUUACUUUUUGCAGCCGAUAUGAUGAACAAAAUAAAUGGCGCAGUCCCAUGGCAAGUCAACUGCUGGUCGAAAAAGGAAGUUGAUCAUUUCAAACACAACAACGAUGAUUCAUCUGAAGAAAUAGUUCAUGAAGGACACGCCGGCAUCUCCGAAGUAGAUGACGAAUAUGAUUUAGUGCAAGAAUUCGAUCUUAUACCAACAAACACAUCUUAA